AUGUCUGAUUUACUUAAAGUGUUAAAUGCCUCUUACGAUCAAUCAUUACCUUUAGACGCAAGGACUUUAUUAAAAACUGAUAUUUCUGGUAAAACUUCUGUUAAUUUAAAAAACAUGUCACCAGGAUUUUACUAUAAUUAUUUUGGAGUUUUGAAUGGAAUAAAAAAUCAUUAUAUUAUUGAAAAUAGUCAUAUUAAUGAACCAAUAAAACUAGUUGUAGGAAUAGACGGACUACCGUUAACUAAAACUUCUAAAAGCACGUUUUGGCCGAUUUUAUGCUAUAUUCGUCCGUAUUCACACAUUGUGUUUCCAAUUGGACUAUAUUGGGGCAAUGAGAAACCACAAGAAAGUAAUGAUUAUUUAUUUGAUUUUGUUAACGAGAUAAAAGAUCUUAUUAAUAAUGGAAUUGAAAUUAAAGUCAGUUCAGGAGAGUUUAUUAAAAAACAAGUUAUUUUAGACGUAUUUUGUUGUGAUUUACCUGCUAAAAACUACAUUUUGAAAACCAAAGGGCACAACGCAUAUUUUUCAUGUUCUAGGUGUUGCAUAGAAGGGGAAUAUGUGUGUAGUAGGGUGUGUUAUCCUGACAUAGACUGUCCUAAAAGAACUCACGAAAGUUUUAUAAAUAAACAUCAAGAAGAAUAA